AUGGAUAGCUUCAGGUUCGAUGGUUCCUCUUCUCGUUUAGCAAUGAGUGUGGUUUCAGUCCUGCUCGACCAGUUCUCUCUCCCAAGCCCGGCGCCGACAAGCUCCGACCUGGUUCCUUGCAGUGAACCACGUCAGAAGAGACCAAAGCUCGCGAAGGAUGCUCCGAUCUUCAACAGGGGAAAGAUUAGAGGGGAGCUACGGUAUCCACCCUGUGAGGAGCGCAGCGAAGCACUAACCAAAGCGCAUCGCGAUUUUCAACUCCAUCCCAUGGGGGAUAUCGUCGAAUAUCCUAGACACAUACCCUACAACAGCGACAAGAAGUCGUUCCAGGAGAAGACUGGACGAGAGAGCUUUGAAGGAUACUGGAUGCCCUUUGCAGCCGCAAAGGCCGUCGCCGCAACAUUCUGCUGGAAUAUCCGCUACGCGCUCACGCCGUUGUUCGGCCUCGACUUCCCAUCUUUAUGCGUGCCCCCCACCAACACCAGUCAAUACGGACACAUGCUCAUAGAUCGGGAGACCGUGCAAAAAGCCACCGAAACCGCAAACUACUACCGCAUGCUCGAGCUCCGCUCUCCGGUAGUCACCUCCCCCGGACCUAUCUUCCACCCUCCUAAACUUCACAAUGGCGAGCCUGAUCGCUCUACCUCAUCUCCAGAGCGCAGCACUCCAGACAUAUACUAUGGGACCCCAACCAGUCCGAUCCACAACACAUUCACCCCGGUGAACACACCCCGCAGCACAGGGGCAGCGUCUUCGAGCCCACGGCAGGUCCUGGCUUCUCUUUCGAGUGUGCGCGGCAUAACCACCGACGAUAGUUGUUCCGAGGUGACCCAUUCUUCUACACCGUACUCAGAGAGCAUGGACACACCGACCGAGUGUCUUUCCGACUCUGAUGAUGAGUAUCAUGCUAGCGACGGUGCCGAUGGCAUUGCCGUCGGCAAUAUCACCCGGCUGCAGAAUACCCCAGCGAAUGAUGAUGACGAAUACAAAGUUGAGAUGCGCGCCCGACGACAGUACAGGUCGGCGCUCUUCGCCCGGGAAGUAAAGGCUGCGCAUGCUCUGCUUAGGUUGUGCAUGCAGGAUGCCACCGGCAGCGAUGAGGAAUAUGUCUGGGUGGACAGGGGAAGGAAGAGACGCAGGGCGUCUGCUUAGCCGGUCUUUCUAUGAAGGGUUACAACAGCGAAAAACC